UGCUGAGCGCCUCAGAUCCUCGCACAAAGCAAGCGCCUUUGCGUCGAACCGUCAGCAUUCUCACCGUGUUUUCGUCUCAAGCGUGCGCGGCCGCUUCCCGUGUCGGUCAAGACUUCGUUCAAGUCUCCCGAGACGACCAAUGCGCCGGCAACCUUCUCGAGCUACAAACGAGACUACCCGAAACCCAAGGGCAACAGGCGCCGAGGCUACAGAAGGGGUCAAGAACAGACGACGCCGGGCCAUUUCCAGUUGUAUUUGGCGUUCGAGGAGUGCCGUUACAGGGACCAGCCAAGGGGCAAUUGCCGCCGUGUUUUGAUCUUGUCUUUAUCGUCAUGUCUUCUGCUUCUGUCCAGGACGGCCAUGUCGCUGCUGACACGACCAGCGGGCCUCUCCGUCCUCGCCCCAUCAGAUUUAUCAGUCCAGCAGCGCUAAACCUUCACCGUGUCUACGAACAGAACCGCCAACGGCUACAAAAGAAAGAUGGGGCCAAGGUCCCUGACCCAACAGCCCCCCAGACAAAGGGAAGGCCGAGGCUCUUGUUGAUGGGUCAGAGAAGGAGCGGAAAGUCAUCCAUCUCAAGUGUCGUCUUCCACAAGCUGCCUCCUAGCGAGACGCUAUUUCUCGAGUCGACGGCACGGAUUCAAAAAGACAGUCUCAACUCCUUCAUGGAGUUCCAAGUAUGGGACUUCCCUGGGCAAAUCGAUAUCUUCGAUAAUCCCAAUUUCACCUUUGACAUGGACGCCAUCUUUGGAGAGAUCGGCGCCUUGAUAUGGGUCAUUGACGCUCAGGAUGACUACCUUGAGGCCGUCGCCCGGCUCAACGCCACCAUCCUUCAUCUCCACCGCAGCUAUCCGCACAUCAACAUCGAGGUCUUUAUCCACAAAGUUGACGGUCUUAGCGACGACUACCGCCUCGACAUCCAGCGCGACGUCACCAUCCGCAUCCAAGACGAGCUCUCGGACCAGGGCGUUGAGAACGCCCCUGUCAACUUCCACCUCACCUCCAUCUACAACCACAGCAUCUUCGAGGCCUUUAGUAAAGUCAUCCAGAAGCUGAUUCCCCGCCUCGGCCAGCUCGAGGCCAUGCUCACCAACCUCUGUCGCACCUGCCGCUUCGAAAAGGCCUACCUCUUUGACGUCAACACAAAGAUCUACAUCGCCACCGACAACACCCCUGAGGACAUGGCCAGCUACGAGAUCUGCUCCGACUACGUUGACGUCAUCAUCGACUUCACAGAAGUCUACGGCUCGUGGCCCCGCUCCGACCAGUGGCGCGAGCGCCUCGAGGCCGAGCCCUGGGCCCAGCCGCUCGAGGACCAAGUCGCCUGUGAGUGGGCUGAGAGCGGUAUGGUGCUCGCCGACGCACGCCGGCCCAUCAUGCUCAGGGAGGUCGAUCGCUUCUUGGCACUUGUUGCCAUAAUGAAGGAGGGGUCGUACGACAAGAUGCCGCAGAUCAACAUGAAUGUUGAUGUGGUGGUCAAGGGGCUGAUUGAGUUCUUUGAGAUCACCAAACCCAAGGAGGUGGUCGGUACGCCGCAGGGCGGGGUGGUGAGCCCUGGGUUGGUUCAGGGGUGAUUGGCGUGUUCUUGUCAGGCGAUCUGGUUUGUUGUGGAUAUAUAUUCAUGGCGCGAGAGAACAUUGCUCCAGGAGCAGUUGAGGCGAGCUGAAGAGGGGAAGAGUUACUCACUUAGGUGUGGAGGGAGA